CAAAAUCUUCUCGCCAUCCUCUCGCUGUCACAACAGCUCCUCCUCUCAAUCAUGGCAGAUCCAUCUUCGUCAUCAAUACCCGGCCCAUCAGAAGCCUCAGCUUCACUCUUCGUCCAAUCCGCCCCCGUCCCUUCGCACUUCGAGAGAAUCCAAGGUCCAAACUUCGAGGAGCCGCAGGACAUCAAUUCCCUUCUGGCUAGCUUUGCCAAUGUCGGAUUCCAGGCGAGCGGCGUGGCUAAGGCUGUUGAGAUUAUAGAGAAGAUGAGGAGGUGGAGAGGAGAAGAGCCCAAGGACGAUGAUCGAGAUGAUGGGUCAACAGAGCCGACGCCGCAGCGAUGCUCCAUCUUCCUUGGCUUCACAUCGAAUCUCAUCUCCUCAGGUCUACGCGAAGUCCUCCUCUUCCUCGUCAAGCACAAAUACGUAUCCUGCCUAGUCACAACAGCCGGUGCAAUAGAAGAGGAUCUGAUCAAAUGCCUCGGCCACACCUACCUUGCCGACUUCCACCUCGAUGGCGGCGAACUGCGUAAGCGCGGCAUGAACAGGAUCGGCAACCUCGUCGUGCCUAACGAUAAUUAUUGCAAGUUUGAGGAUUGGGUCAUGCCGAUCCUAGAGAAGAUGAGGGAGGAACAGGGUGAGAGUGUGGAGAAUGUCUGGACGCCUAGCAGGGUCAUCGAGAGGUUGGGGAGGGAGAUCAGCGACGAAAGCAGUGUCCUCUAUUGGGCGGCAAAGAAUGAGAUCCCCGUCUUCUGUCCAGCCUUGACAGACGGCUCGCUGGGCGACAUGCUGUACUUCCACAGCUAUAAAUCACCCAAUCUCACAAUCGACCUCGUGAAGGACAUCCGCCGCUUAAAUGACUUGUCACUCAAAGCUCCAAAGGCUGGUAUGAUCGUCUUGGGCGGUGGGGUCUGCAAGCAUCAGAUUGCCAACGCCAUGCUGUUCCGCAACGGCGCCGACUAUGCAGUCUAUGUGAAUACAGGGCAGGAGUUCGACGGGAGUGACAGUGGAGCCAGGCCGGAUGAGGCCAUCAGUUGGGGGAAGAUCAAGAGUAAAGAGAGGGGAGGGGAGAGUGUCAAGGUGUACGCUGAUGCGACAAUUGUCUUCCCGUUGCUAGUGGCGGCUACUUGGGGACGAGCGCAUUGGGACGAGCAGGCAAAGAGACGACGAGAUGAGGAGCCCAACGGGCAGCAGAAGGCGUAGUAGGCAUAGGCAAGCAUGAUGGUAUCCACUGGGAGAAAGUGUGUCCAUGCACCUAUAUACACUAUCGUCUCGGAGCAAUCUCGUAGCAUCGUCACCAGUCAGAGAAGCCCUCUAUCUAAUCUACUCUAGUCAUCUCCA